AUGCUAGUUUCGUCGCCCUCUCCGUCCGCCGCCCUGCGACCAUCCCCUCCCUCCCCUUCCACCACCACUACCACUGCCACUACCACUCAUCAUUCCCAUUCUCAUCCCCUUCCCCAUUCUCACUCGCAUCCUCAUCCGUCCCCUCACUCCCAGCCCUCCUCCUCUUCUCCCUUCACCUCGUUUCCACGACAGCCUUCGCAUCAGCAUUAUGAGCCCGCCGGGCACGUUUCUGCUGCUGUUGCAUCUUCCUCCGACUCUCGUUUCGACCCGCAAUCUUCUCGGGUGGCCAUCGAAGAACUUCGAUCGGCCUUAAACCGGCAUACCGUUGGCUCAUCCCCUCCCGGGCCCUCAGGGGAUAUCCCUCGCGGUCGCAUGUCCGCCGGGCUGACCUCCUCUGGGGGCGGAAGUAGCACCACGUCUCAUCCGCCUGCUGACGCCGCCAUUCCCGCCUCCAAUCCCAUGCGCCCUGCUCAGGAUCGUCCUGCCAAUAACGUGUCUGUCCCGGCCGUACCUGCAGCCUCCGUUCCCGCCUCAGUUGCCCAAUCUACCUCGACUCCCCCAAUGCCGGUCCCCAACAGCGCUGGCUCCGGGUCCAACAAGCGUAACAGCCCGAACGACCCUCCGCUCACGCUGACCUCGAGGGCUCUCAGUCGAAACGAAUGCGACCGGACAUUUCCGGCAGUCAAGUUGCUGCCGGAGCGGUACGAGCUGGCGGAUCCUCGGGAUAUUGUUGUGUUGAUCUCGAGCAUGUUGAUGGAGCUGAUCCGGUUUAACGACAAGAUCCCUCUGAAUCAAGGUCGCUUGACUCGCUUUCACUCGCGGUCGCCGCCGCGAAUUUCGGUGCAUGACUACCUCCAGCGACUCACCACCCAUGCUACGCUGUCCCCUCCGAUCCUUCUGAGCAUGGUGUACUACAUUGACCGACUCUGUGCUCUGUACCCCGCCUUCACCGUGUCCAGCCUGACGAUUCAUCGAUUCCUCAUUGCGAGCGCCACGGUAGCUAGCAAGGGCCUAAGCGACAGCUUCUGGACCAACAAGACCUACGCUCGGGUGGGCGGUAUCACCAUGACCGAGCUAGCCCUGCUUGAGUUGGAGUUCCUGUUCCGCGUAGAGUGGCGCAUUGUGCCCGAACCCGAAGUGCUUGUAGACUACUACAAGAGCUUGGUCGAGCGAUGUGAUGGGUAUGCGAUCGGACGUGACAGUUGA